UCUGAGUCCACUCCGCUCAUUCUCUCCGCCUACUCCGACCAAACAGCUUCCUUCUACCUCCUCCCCUCUUUCCUCACCUCCCGUGUCCCGUUCCCCUCUUUCGUUGCUGCUACAGUCUGCUCUGCUUUCUGUACAAGCUGUGUAUCAUGAUGCGUGUGGACUGCAUCUGGGGGCUCCUCUUGCUCCUGUCUCUUAGUUUGGGAUGGACAAAGGCUCAGGAGACCAAUUACACCAGGCCUGUGUUCUACUGUGGAGGAGACCUGGUUGCUGAUUCAGGCUUUGUUGGCAGCGAGGGCUUCCCCAGCUUCUAUAAACCCAACAGCAAAUGCACCUGGCGCAUCACUGUCCCAGAGGGAAACGUGGUCGCGCUCUCCUUCCGCAUCUUUGACCUGGAGGCUGACUCUCAGUGUCGCUACGACUAUCUGGAUAUUUACAACGGCCACUCCAACUUGGUGCAAAAACUAGGUCGGUUCUGUGGAACCUUCCGGCCCGGCACUCAGGUAUCGACCACAAACACCAUGAUGCUGGAGAUGGUGACUGAUGAGGGGAACCAGGCCAGAGGGUUUUUGGCUCAUUUCAGUGGAACUAAACCUUACGUAAAUGGGGAGCAGUCCUGUGGGGGGAAGAUGACAAAAUCCCAGGGAGAGAUCAAAACACCCAACUGGCCAGACGGGAAGUACCCACCAGGAACCACCUGCUCCUGGCUCAUCACUGUGGAACCCGACAGAGUGAUCCAGGUGAAGUUUGACAAAUUCGUUCUGGAGGCUGACACCUACUGCCGGUUUGACUAUGUGGCCUUUUUUAACGGUGGAGAGAGAGAUGAUUCUCGCCUGAUUGGAAAAUACUGUGGCGAUCAGACACCUCAACCCAUCAUCACCAAUGGCAAUGAGCUGCUGGUCCAGUUCGUGUCUGACCUCAGCGUGACAUCCGAUGGAUUCUUUGCUUACUAUACCAGCAUCCCCCGAGGUUCUGAGCCCCCGAUCGACAAGUCAAGGCCCCGUGUCGGUUCUGCCCCCUCAAGGCGUCCAGUCAAACCUGCCCGACCUGAGGGACCAGCCAUCACUGCACGGGUCCCCAUCCCCACCACCACCGCCGCCCCCAAAUAUGUGCCACCUCCCCCUGUCUCACCCACAAGGCGAGUGCCAAAUCGGAAUAGGCCAGGUCCUCAGAAGCCACUGUGUCCCAGAGUCUGUAAGAGAGCUGGAACCAUCAAGAACAGUUUCUGCUCUAGUGAAUUUGUGAUAACUGGAACCAUCACCUCUUUGGGCCCUGGACCCCGAGGGAGCGUUUCAAUGAACAUCUCCCUCAUUAAGGCCUACAAAUCAGGGAGACUGACCAUCACGCAGGCUGGAGAGACCAUGUCGGUGAAGCUGGUGUCACAGUGCAAGAGGUGUCCUUUGGUUCGCCGAGGCGCCAACUACAUCCUCAUGGGUCAGGUGGAUGAAGAGGGACGUGGCACCUUGGCGCCUGGUGCAUUCACUGCUCCAUACAAAGUUGCUCACCACAAACUACUGAUGAAUAUCAACAACCAGCCAUGUUAAGACCAAAAAUGUUCCGACAGUUCAGAGUGAACUAUAAAGACACAAUAUAACAAAACAGUCGAACUUUAUUUUAUAUACAACCUUAAAAUAUAUAUAUUAUUUUGUAAAAACACCUACUGAACCUUGUAUUUGUAAUGCAUAUGCAUAUAUUUAUAAAUAAAGGUUUUAAAUCACGUUU